UACAUAUGUAUAUAGCGCACAUAGCUCAGGCUGGCAUAUUGCUUCUUGUGGCUUUACGUGUGCCAACAAAUCGCUCGAGCGUAUUGUUGUCAAAUUAGUUGAACCUUAUUCAUAAAUACAACGAGCAUAAAUCACAAGCAAAUACGUAUUAUGGAAAAAAGUGAAAAGUGUAUAAAACAAUGUCAUAAUCGGACUAAAGUGUCAAACUCAAAAAUCAUUUCCGACAAUUCAAUUUUGCGGAUGCCGCGUGUGAAAGAUGGAAAAUCAAUUGCACGGGCUAAAUUUUGUGCUACAUUGGAAUAUCCAAAAACAACAAAAAGCAUCUAUCUUGCUUUCAUAAUUGUUAUACUUGCCUUUGCAAAUUGUAUAAAUUUGGGCCUCGGCUCUUAUGCAAAUGAUGUUAAUGGCGAUGUUCCACCAUUAGACUCAUUGAAUAUAAUCCAUUCUCUGCGGGCAGACAACAAUCAUAAUAAAUCCAACUCGGAUACCAUAUUGACGGAAUUUCAGUUGUCCAAAACAAAAACAAGAGUACAACGUCAGGCUGAGGAUGUAGUUCGAAUUAUUGGAAUGCGUUUGGAAGACGCUAGCUCCGAAUCGAAUGAUGGCAUACCGGGUGUAUUAUGUGACAAAGAACAAACAAUUCGCAUUUUCGGCGUUGGCUUAAAGAAUAACACAGUGAUUGCUUUUACAAAAGAGGAGAAUAAAUAUCAGGGAGCAUGUCAACAGCCAGUAACAGAUAUCUUUAAGCCAAGUAAUGUAUCGCUUGAUGGAACCACAGCCACAUAUAAUAUAAAGAUUCCAUAUUCCGAGGGUGUUCUUUACAUCUGUGCAAAGAUUGAUGAAGGUGUCAGUCAUGGCCCCGCAGCAAAAACGAAACCACUGGAACAUCAAGGCAAUGCCAAAUGGUUGAAAAUCGAAACAUUUAAACCAUUGUUGCCUACUUGGAUGGCCAUUAUUGUCAUUGUGACAUGUUUAGCCUUUUCGGCCCUGUUCUCUGGACUCAAUUUGGGCCUUAUGUCCAUGGAUCGUACCGAAUUAAAAAUUCUGCGUAAUACUGGCACGGAAAAAGAAAGAAAUUAUGCCGCGAAAAUUGCACCCGUCAGAGAUCAAGGUAAUUAUCUGUUGUGCAGUAUUCUCUUGGGUAAUGUGUUGGUUAACUCCACCUUUACCAUUCUGCUGGAUGGUCUGACCUCUGGACUCUUUGCUGUCAUAUUUUCCACACUGGCGAUUGUGCUUUUUGGUGAAAUCACACCUCAGGCUGUGUGUUCAAGACACGGCUUGGCAAUUGGAGCCAAAACCAUUAUGAUAACCAAAACCGUAAUGUGCAUAACAGCUCCAUUGUCGUACCCGAUCUCUCGCGUUCUAGACUGGUGUCUGGGUGAAGAGAUUGGCAAUGUGUUCAAUCGCGAGCGCCUAAAGGAACUUGUUCGUGUGACGAACGAUGUGAAUGAUUUGGAUAAGAAUGAAGUGAAUAUUAUAUCCGGUGCUUUGGAGUUACGUAAAAAGACAGUUGCUGAAAUUAUGACGCCCAUUAAUGAUGCCUACAUGUUGUCAUUGGAUGCUGUGCUGGACUUUGAAACUGUGUCCGAUAUUAUGAAUUCGGGUUACUCUCGCAUUCCGGUAUACGAUGGAGAUAGAAAGAAUAUUGUUACCCUGCUGUACAUUAAGGAUUUGGCAUUCGUUGAUACUGAUGAUAAUACUCCGUUGAAGACACUGUGUGAAUUCUACCAGAAUCCAGUUCAUUUCGUUUUCGAGGACUACACAUUGGAUAUUAUGUUUAAUCAGUUUAAGGAAGGUACUAUUGGUCACAUAGCAUUCGUUCAUCGGGUCAACAGUGAAGGCGAUGGCGAUCCGUUCUAUGAAACCGUUGGCCUUGUUACACUGGAGGAUGUCAUUGAGGAGCUCAUUCAGGCCGAGAUUGUGGAUGAGACUGAUGUAUUUAUCGAUAAUCGUACAAAGACGCGUCGUAAUCGUUAUAAGAAGGCCGACUUUUCAGCAUUCGCUGAAAAGCGCGAGGCUCAAUCCGUGCGAAUUUCCCCUCAAUUGACUCUGGCAACAUUCCAGUAUCUAAGUACAGCUGUUGAUGCGUUCAAGAAAGACAUUAUUUCUGAACCAAUCUUGCGGCGCUUACUUAAUCAAGAUGUUUUCCACAAUAUUAAAAUUAAGGGCAAAAACAAGGAUGAUCCCAAUCUUUUUAUAUUUACGGAAGGAAAAGCCGUUGACUUCUUUGUACUUAUCCUAGAGGGUCGCGUCGAAGUGACAAUUGGCAAAGAAGGUCUGCUCUUUGAUAGUGGACCAUUUACUUAUUUCGGAACACAGGCAUUAGUACAAAAUGUGGUUAUGGAUUCGCCUAGCCAGAUGGGAUCACUGCAGUCUUUGAAUAUGGACUCGAAAGUACGACAAACUUUCGUUCCUGAUUACUCUGUACGGGCUUCGACCGAUGUGAUAUAUAUUGCCAUUAAACGUAGUUUAUACCUGACUGCUAAGAAAGCCACUUUAUUAGAGAAGAGUCGCAAGUCCGGCACUUUCUCAAGCGAAACAUUCGACGAUGAAGUUGAACGUCUGCUGCAUUCGAUAACGGAGGAUGAGAAGCCUCGUUACCUAACGGCCAGUCAAAGUACAAGACGUUUAUCGAAGCCCAACCGGAGUGUUACAUCGUCGCCAACGAACAACGAUUUAUCCCAUGAUGAUAGGAGUAAAAAUAGUGACAGUGUCCAUCGCCAACGUAUUGGGUUAGAGCAUACGGAAGAUGCAUCAUUGAGCAGUUUGGUUACAUCGGAAGUGGCAGGUGAUCUUCAAAAUGGAGAUAAUGACCGCGAUGGAACAGCGGCGUCCACACCGCUUUUGCCAAAGAUGGACGAAAUUAACGACUCCAAGCAAAAUAAGCCUAAAUAACGACAGUCCUCGGAGUAACCUUUAAUGAUAAGACCCUAGUUGCCGCAAACUACGAUUAUAUUUUCUCCUUAAGAAUCACUCACAAUUGUUCUGUUCGUUGCGUAAUUUCCUUAAAUAAUUCUUAUUCUUUUUUUGUUGAUAUUAUUGUUUCCAUUUUCUAUUUCCGCUUGAUAUGUGAAUAGAAUUUAGCGAGUUUAAUUUCGUAACAAAUGAUUAAUUAUCAGAUUAGAGAUCGUUCGUAUCCUGAAAUUACACAUUACACACAUAUAUUACCUCAUAAAAUACGUACUUAAGAAGAGAAAUUAAACACCACUGCUUGCAAUCCCCUCCCAUAUUUCUACUUCCAAUAAAUAAUAAUGAAUAAUUGUAAAUUAAAAUGCAUGAGAUCGCACUGCAUUAGUUAGAUUUUUGUUGUUAAAUUUGUUUAUUGCUCAGUAUACAUACAUGUUUAAUAGUUUAGUUAAAAGUCAGUCUGAAGAAAAUGUUAUUAUAGUGAAAAAUAAUAAUACACUUUACAAAUUUUGCACAAGUUUUUUGUUUUGUCUCUUGUUUUCUAUCUCUAAUAUCCCCACAUUAUGUAGCAUAACUCUUUAACUGUAUUAACUGAGAGGUUUAAGUCUUCUCUUUUGUUGUUCAUUUCACUAAAGGCGUUAAUUAGUAGUUUAUAGUAUCUUCAAAAUGAAAAUACACACAUAUACACCCAUGUUAACUUUGAAAUAAAUUGAGACCUAACAAACGUUUAUUGAUUUUAACGUGUCCAUCGCAUUUGUGAGUGACGCUAGGUAAUUGUUCCGACCAGCGUUGGCAUUAGGUAAUUUGUAUUGAUUCUUUCAAAGAACCUAUAUAUGAAACAUGUGCUUGCAAUAAAUUAAAAAUUUUAUAGAAUUCAUAUAUAUAUAUAUAUAUUUACUAUUAAAAUAUAAAAAAAUUAAUGUCACUAGAGCUACUUUGUUACUUCCUUAUAUUUACAAUAUAUAUAUUCAUAUAUAAAAUGUACAAGAUUUGUAAAAAUA